UAAUUAGACCCAUGUGUUCUUUGGGCACAAGUUUGGAGCAGAAGUUUGUUGGAACGGUUGCGCUCGUGCGGGGAGAGGCACAGUCGGGGCAAAGUGAGUGGGGCUCCACAGAGAAGAGAACGAGGCACAGACCAGGAGCGGCGGAGACUGUUUUCCAAAGACUCCCGCAUUUUUCUGACUUAAUAGUUCAGUUGGAUUUUCAGCGCGGGCUGAGUUUGAACGAAGAGCCGGAGGAAUGUAUCCACGUUGGGUAGCAGUGAGUCUGCGUCUUUGGAGAUGUCCAGCCUGCGCACUCUGGAUCACCUUUCUCCACAUCUCCCUGAUCCUGAGCGCGACUGGUGCUGAACUGCCACAGGAGCCCAGUAUGUUAGCUGCCACUUCCCUAAAUAAAACAGGGUCACCCUUUAUCCGCAUAGAUGCUCCCAUGAAUAAUAUAACCACCUCUCUGGGCCAAACGGCUGAGCUCCUUUGCCGGGUGUCUGGUAACCCACAGCCUGAAGUUCGUUGGUUGAAGAAUGACGCCCCUGUGGUGCAAGAACCACGGCGAGUGUCCAUCCGAUCCAUGCCCUACGGGUCACGCCUGCGGAUUCGCAACUUGGACACCACUGACACUGGCUACUUCCAGUGCAUGGCCUCCAACUCAAAGGGAAGUGUGUCCACAACUGGGGUGUUGUUUGUUAAAUUCGAUCCUCACCCUACACCUCUGCCAGGAAGACCGAUGGAUGACUUUGAUGAAGACGGCUUCUGUCAGCCAUACAGAGGCAUCGCCUGUGCACGCUUCAUCGGUAAUCGCAGCAUCUUUGUGGACUCGCUGCAGAUGCAGGGUGAGAUAGAGACCCAGAUCACAGCUGCUUUCACCAUGAUUGGGACGUCCAAUCAGCUCUCCGACCGGUGCUCCCAGUUUGCCAUCCCCUCCCUCUGCCACUUUGCCUUCCCUACAUGUGACCGCAGCUCGGGCUCCGACAAGCCCAGGGACCUUUGCAAGGAUGAAUGUGAGAUCUUGGAGAAUGACUUAUGCAAGACUGAGUACAUAAUCGCACGAUCCAACCCACAUAUACUAAAGAGACUGAAACUGCCCAACUGCGAGGAACUGGCUGCGUCGGACAGUCCAGAGGCCGCCAACUGUUUAAGGAUAGGGAUCCCCAUGCCAGAACCCAUUAAUAAGAACCACAAAUGUUACAACAGCAGUGGGGUGGACUACAGAGGGACGGUCAGCGUGACCAAGUCAGGGCGUCAGUGUCAGCCGUGGAACUCUCAGUACCCUCACAGCCACACCUACCUGGCUGUCCGCUACCCGGAGCUCAACGGGGGUCACUCAUACUGCCGCAACCCAGGGAACAAACACGAAGCCCCAUGGUGCUUCACACUGGACGAAGGGGUCCGCAUGGAGCUCUGUGAUAUUUCCAUCUGUGACCAUAACGAAAAGGCGAGUGGCAACAUGGAGAUCUUGUACAUCCUGGUUCCCAGUGUUGCCAUUCCCUUAGCCAUCGCUUUGCUCUUCUUCUUUAUUUGCGUGUGCCGCAACAACCAGAUGUCCGCCAGGCCCCCUGCACCACGUCAGCCCAAAUUAGUUCGAGGACAAAACCUUGAGAUAUCAGUGCUCAAUACUGCAUACAAAUCAAAGGGUAAGGCCAAAGAGCUUCCUCUGUCAGCAGUGCGCUUCAUGGAGGAGCUGGGCGAGUGUAAUUUUGGAAAGAUCUACAAGGGUCACCUGUACCUGCCAGGCAUGGAUCAGGCCCAGCUUGUGGCCAUAAAGACACUGAAAGACGUCUCUAAUACCAAACAGUGGGCAGACUUUCAACAGGAGUCUGCGGUCCUGGCUGAACUGCAGCAUCCUAACGUGGUUUGCCUGCUGGGUGUGGUUACCCAGGAACAUCCAGUCUGCAUGUUGUUUGAGUUCCUGCCACAAGGGGAUCUCCACGAGUUCCUUAUCAUGCGAUCGCCGCACUCUGAUGUUGGCUGCAGCAGCGACGAAGACGGCACAGUCAAGUCCAGCUUGGAUCAUGGGGAUUUCCUACAUAUUGCCAUCCAGGUCUCUGCUGGAAUGGAGUACUUGGCCAGCCAUUUCUACAUCCAUAAAGACCUCGCAGCUCGAAACAUCUUAGUAGGAGAACAGCUACACGUGAAGAUAUCUGACUUGGGUCUCUCCAGAGAGAUCUACUCCUCAGAUUACUAUUGCAUCCAGCCCAAAACCCUGCUGCCCAUCCGCUGGAUGCCCCCCGAGGCCAUCGCUUACGGCAAGUUCACAACAGACUCAGACAUCUGGUCGUUUGGAGUCGUGCUUUGGGAGAUUUUCAGCUACGGCUUGCAGCCCUACUAUGGCUUCUCCAACCAGGAAGUGAUGGAGAUGGUGAGGAAGAGGCAGCUGCUGCCCUGCCCCGAGGACUGCCCACCAAGGUUUUAUGGGUUGAUGACUGAAUGCUGGCAGGAAGGACCAGCACGUCGCCCCCGCUUCAAGGACAUCCACACCCGCCUGAGAGCCUGGGAGGGGCUGUCCUCCCAUGCUAGCUCCAGUACGCCCUCUGGUGGAGGAGGAAAUGCCACCACUCAGACCACUUCACUCAGCGCCAGCCCUGUUAGCAACCUCAGCAACCCUCGAUAUGCUGCUGCCACAGCUGCAGGCUACCUCUACCCAGCCCAGGCCAUUCCUGCACCUGGGCAGAUGGCUCCAAUUACAGCCUGGACACCCAUGGCUGUACCCCAAACCCACCAGCGCUUUAUUCCCGUCAACGGGUACCCCAUUCCACCAGGGUACACAGCUUUUCCUGCACACUUUGCGCCCCAAGCUCCACCCACUAGAGUAAUCCAGCACCAUUUGCCCCCACCUAAGAGCCGCUCACCCAGCAGCGCCAGCGGUUCCACCAGCACUGGUCACGUGAGCGGUGUGCACUCCACCACAGGCUCCGCCCAUGAGGCCAACACACCACUGCUUUCCCACUGCAUCAUGCCAGGGAGCAGCGGAGGGCAGGCUCAAGUUUACGGACAGGUAUCCCAGAAAGGAGCAGCACAGCUGGAUCACAUGUCGCAAACUUCAGCGCUGCUUAGUCCAGACUCUGACAUAAUGAUGUACAACGACUCAGUCAUCACUGCAGACCUGUAGAUGGGCAGAGGAAUAAUCUUCCUGCUUUGGACCCUUAAAGGGAUGUCUAGGGUGUAGGAGAGAUGGAAUCCCACCCCCACCUUGGUCCCAACAGAACCUGGCCUGUACAGACAUGUGGGCAGGGAAGAAACUGCUGCAGCCCCACAAGGGUUGGAGAAGGGCUGUCUUCCUUUCUGUUUAUAGCAAGUGUACUUACUAUCACGGUUUGAACUGUUAUUUGAACCGCUGUAAAUACGGUACAUAAGUCAUUCGUGAAUGAAUGAAAUGCGUAGACCUAUAUUCAAAGAGCUGAGUAUUAAACACUUUAAAGGUGAAAGAAUAACAGUUUACUAAGUGUCCUUCUGCCAAUUCCUGCCAAGAACUUCCUGCCUGUAAACAGACAAUUAUAAAAGGAUUCUGAUGAAAGUGGAAUGUGACAAACUCAAAUGCUGUGCCUUGCUACCUGGUACAGACCCACCAACCAGCAUGGGUUCCAUGUUACCCUACUUAUACACACCUGAUUUGGCUCAUCAUUGAGCUCUGCAGAGGUUGUAUGAUAAUAAUGAAAGAAUAAAAAAAUAAUAAUAAGAGAUCCAGGAGUGUGGGGGUUUUUAGGGCUCAAAAUUAAUGCCUUAAACUAACCCAAACUACGGUUGCCAGAAUAAAAACGGGUCCCUGUUUUAGGGAUUUAUCAUUUACCUUCUUGAUAAACAGUAAUAUUUUACUCCAUCUUGAGCAUAAUCAUAGGAAUACUGCAAUUUUUCAGCUGACGUUGCCCGUCUGCCCACCUGCCCACCUGCUGAAAGGUUUUCUUCUAUGCAAUGCACGAUUGUCCGUGUAGUUGCAUUGUGAGAUACAUUGAGUGCACCCAUUUUCGUUCACUAGACAUUUUGAUACCCCUGAAAAAUGACAAACACUUAUAUUGGUAACUUUGUUUAGGAAAAGAGGGCGACUUCUGAGGCAACAGGUUUGUUGUUGUUGAUGUUGCUGCAUUUUAGAUCAGAGAUGGGAUUUUAUUGGCAGAAGUUUGUGUUGAAAUUGCAUUUUUUCACAAAAUCACCUAAAAAUUGACAGCUGAAUGUUUUUUUUUCUCUCUUUAUACACUCAGCAUGACUGUCUCAGACUUUUCCAGAGGAUCUUUAUCCUCGAGAUUUUCCACACCGAGAAAAUUUUGUGCUCAUCUGGCUGGACACUUUACCUAUAAAUUUUCUUUAAAUUCUUCUGAAUUCUUUUGGGUUUUUGCAUCAGAUUUGAAGUGAAAAUCAGAUGAAUUAUUGAGAUCAUUCACAUUUCCACAACCAAACCGAUGUGUUCUUAAAACAAAUGCAGGAUUUCACAAACGCAGCUUCACUUCUUCUCCUCUUAAAUUAACAGCCCUCAAAAAUAACUAUUUUAAGAAGGAAUUUUUUAAAGAUUUUUGUAUGGUUUCUUUUUAUCCAUCUUUACUACCUGUUGUUCUCUAUGUAAUUUGCAGCAAAUACAAUUUUAAAUAUGAGGUAAUGAUAGAGGCCUUUAGCAGACAAAAAAAAAUCCAGUGUGAUGUCAUUGAAUGCAUGACUGUUUUGUGCAUGAGAAGAAUGUUUUACCUGAAAGCGGAUCAAUUUCAUGAGCCUGGACAACGACUUUUAUGUGCAAGCAGAAUUAUCAGUCAGGCUUUGCAGAUCUGCAAAACAAACUCUUGGCAGUAACUUAUUGGUAUGAAGACUUGUCCAAGCAUGUAGUCCCGCUAGCACUGUGUGUGUGUGUGUGAGUGUGGGAGGGGGGUAACAAAAAAAAAAAUUGUUAGAAAUGGCUCUUUUAGUACAUUUUUAAUAUUUAUUUGUCAACAGCUCCUGUGCCUAUUAACACAGUAAUUAUUUUUUGGGCUAGUUGCAUUUUCUUUACUAAAAAGAGUAAUUUUUGAAAAUGACUAGUUCUCUGUUUUCAGUUAUAAUUUGAAGGUGAUGAUUUAAUGUGAAAUAUGAAGUUUUUAUUUGUAUAAAAAACACAGGGUUAAAAAGUGUUUGGGAUCUUGCUGAAAUAUUGUAAAAUCGCCUAUCAGUACUUUGUUUCCUGACAAUCAACAGGACCUAAGACUCUCAAAAGUGCUUGAAUUGAAACACACUGCAAUCCGCGUGCAGUUUAUUCAUCUGUUUUACAUUUGAUGCCCAUUAGAAUAACCUAUAGAGAGAUUAUUCAAAAUGCUGCUCAUGCAGAAAUUGACUGACUUCACUCUUUUGAAGGUCAGGCUCUGGUUUAAGAGUCUAAAUUUAUAUUCACUUCAGGUAAAUUUAGGAGUCCCCCCCUGAAUUUUCCAUCUGUCCUUUGUUUCAUAUGUGACCGCCAGCAUGAAUUCAGACGUAAAUAAACAAAAACCACUUCUGCACAAGACUGUGAAUCUCAUUCAAGCUAAUAAUUUGGUAAAUUAUUUUGAAAUCAUUUGUUUUUUAAUCAUCAAUUUGUUUUUCCAAGGGACUACAUAAAUGCAAAUUAAUAUUUCUAGUAAAGUGUAACCAUUGCAAAACCUCUACAUGCAUUUUGACCAAGAGAUGCUUUGUCUUUGUAGUUUGUUUGAAUAUUUUUGCACAGAUGUUUUGUAUUGCAAAAAUCAUUUAUUAAAUGAUGACGUAUUGUUAAAUUUAAA